AUGGGCCACCGCGAAAUCACCCCCGUUCAUGUGCCACUGCGCACAUCAAGUCGCAGACCGUCACGAACCGACCCGAUGGAGGCUCAAGAGAGCCCCGGAGCUGCAGACCGACAGACCUCCAAAGCUCAACGCUUCUUCGGAACCGACAUCACGCUCCCACAAGAGCAUACCGGGUGGAAAGAGGCACAGAAAACUCGCCAACCGAGCUAUAUUAAGCCCACCAGUGCACCCCGGCAGAGCACCGCCUUUCACCCUUUCCCCACGUCUUCAGAACACAUCCCAAAGCCCGACCAGAACCUCCGAGUGCGGGCUUCAUCACCUUUGCUAGGCCAGGACUAUCGAUCCCAAGAUCCCGCACCACCAUUGCCCAAGCCCAAGAAGAUUCAUCACUCUGGCUCCUCCAACGCCCUUUUCUCAUACUUCAGCUCCAAGGAAUCAAAGGAAUCCAAAUUGGCCGCCAAAAGCCAGGCACUACAACCACAAGUCCGUAAUGGUCUGGGUAUUGAUCCCCAAGUGACAUUCACAAAUGCUCCGGAACCACCAAAAGAAUCCAAGCGCAAGAUGCGUCCUCCCAGAAUUGAUCUUUCUGUCUUGUUCCCAAAGCCACGCAACCCAACCACUCAGACACUUCUGUCACCGCAAAGAAUGGUGAACUCUCCAUCCUCUGUGUCCACUGCGGUGACAGAUCACCCAUUCGACAAGAUAGAGAGGCCCGCCGCCGUUGGUAACUCGAAGGGAUAUGCAGAAGCAUCGACUCGCCGAGAAUCUAUAACCAGGGGCGAGUUCCCCAAACAUGGUGACAACUCAGAUUUACCCUCGAUUGCGGAGACUCGAAACAGUGGGUGGUUCGAUCGGCCGCUUGAACGUACAGUGGGAACUAGCGAAAUGGAUGUCGCCCUCGACAGAUACGCAGGGCGCCGAUCUCUUUUCAGCCGUUCCAGUGUAUACACUGCGAGCCGAGAGCAUCUGCAGCCGGAACAGCAAUGCCCCCAAGAAACUCGCAAGAGCUCCAGGCGUCCCCGUACUCCCUCAUCUCAACCGAAAGAGACUUAUCUCAGCCCUACCUCAUAUCCGGACUCAGUUCGUGCUCGGGGCAACAGUACUUCCCAGGAGUCUUGCAAGACCACCAAGUCCAAGGCGAAAAGCGAGCAGAGCUCUACGACCAAGAAGAGCAGUAAGAGCACUUUGAAAAAUAAGGAUCUGCAGAACACUAGCAUGCUCUGCCUUUCCUCUUCCGAGGACGAGGACGAGGAUCGGCCUCCAACUACCCAGCCGCCGCGCAAGGGAAGUAAGCAUAGAGACAGCGUGGGUACCUACGAUGAAUCUGAGCCCGAGAUCUACACAGCUGCUACAGCCAGAGCGGCCACUGCCACUGCUGCCAAAAGGUUCAACCGCGCCCAUUCUACAAGCAGUGGUACCUCUCGCCAAACGACACAAAGCCAACCACCACCCCUUCCGGUACCCCGUCCACGCAAGGCUUCCCAAUCUUCGAAUGGCAAGUCCUCAACGACAACCCGAAAAACUACACAGACUCGCCGCUCGAGUGGAGUUCCAACCAUUGCUGAGCCCGACAUCCUCUCUCAAUUCCCCCAACAGCCUCUUCGCUCUCCCGCGGAGUUAAAGGAGAUGAAUCGGCGCAGUCGUUACAUCGCAGUCACCCGCCAAGAGCAAGACCUUCUCGAGGCAAUGCGUGUCCGCAAGGGCAAGGUCACACCGAGUCUCUUCAACACCAACGGAUCUGAUAGACGCUCCGUCGUCUCGGGUCCAUCUCGGGAUUCUUUCUGCGGAUCGGACACCUCCUUUCUUCGCCUGAGCAAUGCCUACCCGCCCUUUGACGCCCAAUCGCUCAAAAGCACAGCCGCAUACAAGGACGGUAUGGCCUCCUCUGGCUCCGACUCCGAGCAAAAAGCCGAAGCUGCUCUUUCCUCCCCCGGCUUCAGCGCUGACUACUCCGAAAGCCUGCCCUCACCCGCCACCAGCGCUGCCUCACCGCUAACACCCACACUGCCGAUCCAUCGGUUUUCACCUCUCCCUUCUCCCAAGCCUCCCCCAAGAGGUCCUCCCCCCGCCAUCCCAGAAGAUCAAAAGCAGCACACCCGCCGCCGCACAGAUAGCAGUGAGGCUAUUAUGAUUGACGGUGUCGAGCCGAAGCGCAAUCUUCCCCUUUGGUCCUUUGAUUUCGACUGGAACCAGGAACGCAGCAAAAUUGCCACGGUCCACUAA